GAAUUGUAAGUGUAAAGUGUAAGUGUGAACCGCCAUCUUUAAUACAAAUUGAUUUAGCCUCAGCGCUUAGCGGUUUAAAUAUAAAUUAGUAAUUAUUAAAUAAAUAUUGGAUUGCCAAUAUAAAACAUUUAUUAUUUUCACAAUUCGUUCUCUAAACUUCGUUUCUACAUUUAAAUAUUUGAUACUGGAUUAUUAGUUCACCGGUUUUUAAAAAAUGGAGGAGACAGAAGCAAGUACUGGCAGGAAAACUCGCUCUAGUGCAGCAAAAACAACGCCUGCUGUUACCAAAAAAGAAAAACCGGGACCACUAUCAAGAAAAACACGUAAGAAGGUUGUGCUUAUGGAAGUAGAAGUUUCUGAUGAAGAAGUAGAUGAAACUGUUCAAGAGCCUGUAACAGAAACAAUGGAAACUACUGAAGAAAGCAAGCAGAGCGAAAAUCAGAUUGACGCUGAAAAAGUUAACGGCAAAGAAAACAAACCUAAAUCAAUAGAUGAUCAAGUGAUAUUAAAUGAUGUGACAGUUUUCUGUGAGAUGCAGACAGAAAAUAAUAAAACGGAAGAUACAGAAAAAAUGGAGGUUGAUGGAGAUCUUGAAAUCAAGAAAACAGAAGAUAAUGUAAGUUCCCAACAAACUGACGAAAGUAAGGUAAAAUCAUCAGAAAAAUUGGACACUAAACCCAAUGUUUCUGAACCAGAAGUAGAAGAGCCAGCCGAAAAGAAAAUAAAACUUGAAGAAAAACCAGCUGAUACUGACAGCAAUAAAAAAGAGGUUGAGAAAGAAUCAGAAAAUGAUGCCAUCAAAACUAAUAAGGGAUGUUCAGAAGAAGAGUUGAAAACUGAAAGCGAAAAAAAUGAGAAAGAAAGUAAAGACGUUAAGGAAAAAACGGAGGAAGAAACAGAGAAAAAACAAGAUGUGGCAAAAGUAGAAGAAACAGAUGCAAAAGUGAAAGAAAAUACAGAUGCAAAAGUAAAAGAUGCAAAAGUAGAAAAUACAGAUUCAAAAGUAGAAGAAAAUACAGAUGCAAAAGUAGAAGAUGCAAAUGUAGAAAAUACAGAUUCAAAAGUAGAAGAAAAUACAGAUGCAAAAUUAGAAAAUACAGGUGCAAAAGUAGAAGAAAAUACAGAUGCAAAAGUAGAAGAAAAUACAGAUGCCAAAGUAGAAGAAAAAGUAAACAAAGAGGAAAUAAAAGAAGAAGAGAUAGUAAAAGAGAACACAACAGAAAAAAGUGAAAUGGAGUGUGAAGAAUCAAAAGAAGUUAAAGAAAAAGAAAAUAAAGUUGAAGAAAAAGAGAUCAAAGAGGUAACAACUGAAGAUAAAAGCGAAAAGGAAGAUGAAAAAUCAGAAAACCAAAACAAAAAAGGCGAUGAAGAAUCAUUAGUUGGAGAUGCAGAAAGUAAAGGUGAUUUGACAAAAGUUGAACAAAAAGAAGCUAUAAAUACAGAAGGAAAACAAGAUACAGAAAAGGAAACUUUUGAUAAGCAGAAAGCUGAUCCAGAUACUGAAAAUAUAUCCGAAGAUGAGCUUCCUGUUGUUCAAGCUGUAAAAGUACCAGAAGCUGAGGAAGUUUCAGAUGAAGAACUUCCAGGGCCCAAAAGAGCUGAGCUUCCUGCAGAUACUGAAGUCGUCUCCGAAGAUGAGCUCCCCACCGUUAAAAAUGAUUCCAAAAAAGAAAGUAACAAGAGAAAGCUUGCCACUGAUUACGAUCCUGGAUCCCCAACAUCCGAAAAUGAGGCACCUUCUAAAAAACCAUCUCUUGAUAGUUCGGCUGAAAAGGACAAAGAAGAAAAACCUAAACCGAAGAAAUUACCAGAACUUGAUAAAUACUGGAAAGCCGUUAAUGAUGAUCCGACUGAUUUUACUGGAUGGACAUAUUUAUUACAAUACGUUGAUCAAGAAAAUGACAUGGAAGCUGCCAGAGAGGCUUAUGACGCUUUCCUAUCUCAUUAUCCGUAUUGCUACGGUUAUUGGCGAAAAUACGCUGAUUACGAAAAAAGAAAGGGAAAUAAAAAGAAAUGCGAAGAGGUAUUUGAACGAGGUUUGAAGGCGAUACCGUUAUCUGUUGACUUGUGGAUUCAUUAUUUGACGUACGUUAAAGUAACCCGAACCGACGAUGAAGAAUUUAUUCGAUCUCAAUUUGAAAGGGCUGUAACAUCAUGUGGCUUGGAAUUUAGAUCUGAUAGAUUGUGGGAUUCAUAUAUCAAAUGGGAAAGUGAAGCAAAACGAUUGCAAAAAGUGACGGCGAUAUAUGACAGGUUGUUGGGUACUCCAACGCAAGGAUACACAACCCAUUUUGAAAAUUUCCAAGAACAUAUAUCUAAUAACGCACCAAACAAGGUAGUAGACGUAGAUGAGUUUUUUGCUUUGCGGAAGGAGGUUAGGCAGCAACUCAAGCACGAAAUAACUGAUACCCCACCAGCAGACAAUGACGCGCCACCUGGUGAUGAGGAUCAGACCAAAGUGAUUAGUUCCGACGAAGAAACAAAAAUUCUUAGAGAAAGAAUAAUUUCAAUUCGAAGAAAACUCCAUAAAAAUACGGUGACCGCAGUGACUGCUAGAUGGAAUUAUGAAGAAGCGAUAAAACGUCCAUAUUUUCAUGUAAAACCUUUAGAACGAUGUCAGCUUAAAAACUGGCAAGAUUACUUAGAUUAUGAGACUGAGCAGGGAGACAGAGUGAGAAUAAUAGUAUUGUUUGAAAGGUGUCUCAUAGCAUGUGCUCUAUACGAAGAGUUCUGGUUAAAGUUUGUGCAUUAUCUUGAAAAUCUUAGAGACCAUGAGCUACAGCCUAAAAUAAGAGAUGUGUAUGAGCGAGCUUGUACUAUUCACCAUCUAAAAAAACCAAAUCUCCAUUUGCAAUGGGCCAUUUUUGAGGAGGGUGUUGACAAUAUGUCUAGAGCAGCAGAGAUAUUAGUAAAUUUGGAAAAGUCUGUUCCAAAUGUUUUACAGAUUGCUUAUCGGCGGAUAAAUUUAGAAAGACGACGGGGCGAUCACGAAAAAUGUUGCCAACUUUUCGAACACUAUAUAAAUAGUACAAAAAACAAAAUCAUUGCCAGCAGCAUAUCAAUAAAAUAUUCCAGAUUUGCUUGCUUUAUGAUGAAGGACGUUGAAAAAGCACAAACAAUUUUAAAAACCGCUAUUGCUAAAGAUCCAAAUAAUCCUAGACUGUAUUUGCAGCUUGUUGAUGUCACUUUACAGAAGGGAGAUCCAACUGAAAAAAAUAUCACUGAAAUCCUAAAUAUGUUUUUGGACAAAGAUGGUGUAGAUGCUGAGCAAAAGAUGUUGUUUGCUCAAAGAAAAUUAGAAUAUCUCGAAGAUUUUGGUAGUAACCUUCAGUUAGUACAAGAAGCUCAUGAACAAUAUCAAAAAUUGGUCAAGCAACAUAAAGAUGGACUAAAAAAGAAGGAAAUUAAGAGUGAGACAACGGGGCCAUCGUCAAAAUCGAAAGAAGCCAAACAACCGCCUCCAUCAUCCCAAGGAAAUUAUGGAAAUUAUAACGCUCCAUAUGGACCACCAUCAAACCAACCAUCAUAUCCCCCGUAUUCUGGUAAUCAACAAGGACCCAACUAUUAUCCUCCCCAGUACGGUCAAGGAGAUCAAUACCAAUAUCAAAAUUGGCAAUAUCCACCACAAGGUGGCUAUGGUGGAUAUAAUCAAUGGGGGGGCGGUUAUGGGGGAGGAGGAUAUGGGUACUAACCAAGUGACAAGAAUGUUAGUACUAAUAAUAACCGUCAAAAUGAUCGCUUGUGCAGUUCACAAGUCUGUAUUGGAUUUCAUUUGGCUACCAAUUUUCGUUAAAAUGUUAUUGGGCACCAAAAAAAUUUUAGCGUUUAUUAUUAUCAUACCUUGUGUUGCAAUUGUGUUAAAUAUUUUACGAACCAUAUUUUUUUUGUAUUUUCUUAUUAUGGAAAUCUUGUAAUUUUAAUUAGUAUGUCAAAAUAAAAAAAAUAGUAACGAAAAA